AUGACAGACAACCGCAACUAUCAGGACUGGUCCAGAGACCAGCUCCUCGAGCGCCAGCCACAACAACAACAACAACAACAACAACAACAGCAGCAGCAGCAGCAGCAGCAGCAACCCCUUCCGCCUUCAUUACCAGCUUCGACCCCGGCCGCAUCCUCAUCGACGGCACCUCCCGCGGGGCCAAACCCUUACCCUCCCAAAGAGAAGAAGAAGAAGGCCAAGAAGGCCUCCAAGAUCGACCCCUCCAAGUACUCGACCCGCCUGGUCGCCCUCAAGCUGGCCUACCUGGGCAAGCGCUAUGGUGGGUUCGAGUACCAGGCCGGCGUGACGGUGCCGACGGUCGAGGAGGAGCUGUGGAAGGCGCUGGUCAAGAGCUGCCUGAUCUGGCCCGACGACCCGGCCCGCGUCGACUUCGGCCCCUGGGAGUACUCCAAGUGCGGCCGCACCGACCGCGGGGGUGAGGGUGAGGGUGAGGGUGAGGGUGAGGGUGAGGGUGAGGGUGACGGGGGGAAACCGGCGUGGGAUCCGAUCGCGGACGAGAUCAACUACCCGCGCGUGCUGAACCGGCUGCUGCCGCCAGACAUCCGGGUGCUGGCGUGGGCGCCGACGCUGCCGGCCGGCUUCUCGGCGCGCUUCUCGUGCUGGGAGCGGCAGUAUCGGUACUUCUUCACCCAGCCCGCCUUCACGCCGCUGCCGGCUUCGCUGGACCCGGAGGGCAAAAGGGGGGGCAAGGAGGGCUGGCUCGACAUCGGCGCCAUGCGGCAGGCGGCCAAGCUGUUUGAGGGCGUGCACGACUUCCGCAACUUUUGCAAGGUCGACGGCGCCAAGCAGAUCACCAACUUCACGCGGAGGGUGUUCGAGGCGGACAUUGUCGAGGUCAAAGACACGGGCUCGGCGCUGCCGUACCUGGACCUGCCCGACUUCAAGGCGGACGGUUCGGCGGACGGGACGGCGUACCCCAAGGUGUACUACUUUCACGUCCGCGGCUCGGCGUUCCUGUGGCACCAGAUCCGGCACAUGGUCGCCGUCCUGUUCCUCAUCGGCCAGGGGCUGGAGAAGCCGUCGCUGGUGACGGACCUGCUGGACGUGGAGAAAUACCCGCGCAAGCCGAACUACACCAUGGCCGACGAGGUGCCGCUGGUGCUGUGGGACUGCAUCUUCCCCAGGGAGGAUGAGCUCAAGAGCAAGAAGGCGGCGCUGGAUGUGCACAACCCGGAUGCGCAGGUCGACACCAACCUGCAGGACGCCAUCGACUGGGUAUGGCUGGGCGAGGACAGGCCGUCCAACCUGCACGGGCCGAACGGGUUGGUAGACAAUCUGUGGGAGGGCUGGCGCGAGCGCAAGAUGGACGAGCUGCUGGCGAACCAGCUGCUGGAUUCGGUCGCGCGGAAGGCGAACCUCGGCCGCAGGCUGGCCGAGUCGGGCCUGCCGGAGAAGCCGAGCAGCAGCCAGCGGGUGUUUGAGGGCGGGAACACGGCGAGGGCGACGGGGACGUACGUGCCGGUGCUCAAGAAGCAGCUCCUGGCCACGCCGGAGGAAGUCAAUGACAAGUGGGCACAGAGCAAGGGAUUCGCCAACGCGGAGGAGCUGGCCAAGACCAAGAACUGGCGGAGCGUCAUCAAGGCGAACAAGACCGGCGGGAGCAGCAGCGCGGUAGACAGCAGCAUGGACGAAUAA